AUGUCGCUUGAAGAUACUUUUUAUUCUCCAGUAUGGGGUGGUCUUUUGGGACUUAUCAUAUUGAUAUUGGAUAUUAUUGCAAUUUUUGAAGUCUUACAGUCUGGCCGUUCGAUGCUUUCAAAACUUUUAUGGAUACUUUUAAUAUUUUUCUUUCCUAUAGUUGGUUUAAUUAUUUAUUGGUAA